GUGCCGGGCGCCAUGGCCCCCCCCAAGGACAUCAUGACCAACUCGCACGCCAAGUCCAUCCUCAACGCCAUGAACGCCCUGCGGAAGAGCAACACGCUCUGCGAUGUCACCCUGCGCGUGGAGCACAAGGAUUUCCCAGCCCACCGCAUCGUCCUGGCCGCCUGCAGCGACUACUUCUGCGCCAUGUUCACCAGCGAGCUCUCAGAGAAAGACAAACCCUAUGUAGAUAUCCAGGGACUGACAGCUUCCACCAUGGAAAUCCUGCUAGACUUUGUGUAUACAGAAACUGUUCAUGUGACAGUAGAAAACGUCCAAGAAUUGCUCCCAGCAGCAUGUCUGCUUCAGCUGAAAGGUGUGAAACAAGCUUGCUGUGAGUUUCUGGAAAGCCAGCUGGAUCCAUCAAAUUGUUUGGGCAUUCGGGAUUUUGCUGAGACACACAACUGCGUUGAUCUAAUGCAAGCUGCAGAGGUCUUCAGCCAGAAACAUUUUCCAGAGGUCGUUCAGCAUGAAGAGUUUAUCCUCUUAAACCAAGAAGAGGUUGAAAAGCUCAUCAAGUGUGAUGAAAUUCAGGUGGAUUCUGAAGAGCCUGUUUUUGAGGCAGUUAUAAACUGGGUGAAGCACUCAAAAAAAGAACGGGAAGCAUCACUGCCAGAACUGCUGCAAUAUGUGCGCAUGCCACUUCUUACCCCCCGCUACAUCACAGAUGUCAUCGACACCGAGCCUUUUAUUCGAUGCAGUCUGCAGUGCAGAGACCUCGUAGACGAAGCUAAGAAAUUUCAUCUUCGGCCUGAGCUCCGGAGUCAGAUGCAAGGACCCAGGACAAGAGCACGUCUAGGAGCUAAUGAAGUACUGCUUGUGAUCGGAGGCUUUGGCAGCCAGCAGUCACCUAUUGAUGUUGUGGAGAAAUAUGACCCGAAGACUCAGGAGUGGAGUUUCUUGCCAAGCAUCACCCGUAAAAGGCGCUAUGUUGCCACAGUGUCCUUGCAUGAUCGCAUCUAUGUGAUUGGGGGGUAUGAUGGCCGCUCUCGCCUCAGCUCCGUGGAGUGCUUGGAUUAUACAUCAGAUGAGGAUGGUAUCUGGUAUUCUGUGGCUCCGAUGAACGUACGGCGAGGCCUGGCUGGAGCCACUACCCUUGGAGACAUGAUCUAUGUUUCUGGUGGGUUCGAUGGAAGCCGACGUCACACCAGUAUGGAACGAUAUGACCCAAACAUUGAUCAAUGGAGCAUGCUGGGAGACAUGCAGACAGCACGGGAAGGAGCAGGGCUUGUUGUAGCUAAUGGAGUUAUCUACUGCCUUGGUGGCUACGAUGGGCUGAACAUACUGAAUUCUGUAGAGAGGUACGAUCCCCACACUGGACACUGGACAAAUGUCACUCCAAUGGCCACUAAGCGCUCAGGGGCUGGAGUGGCUCUGUUGAAUGACCAUAUUUAUGUAGUUGGUGGGUUCGAUGGGACUGCACAUCUCUCCUCCGUGGAAGCCUAUAAUAUUCGCACUGAUUCCUGGACAACUGUAACAAGCAUGACAACCCCCCGCUGCUACGUGGGGGCCACCGUGCUGCGGGGAAGGCUGUACGCAAUCGCUGGAUAUGACGGCAACUCACUGCUGAGCAGCAUCGAGUGCUACGAUCCCAUCAUUGACAACUGGGAAGUAGUGACCUCCCUGGGGAUGCAGCGUUGUGAUGCUGGAGUCUGUGUCCUUCGGGAGAAGUGAUGUGGAGGGAGCUUACAAAGAAGAACACCCUGAAAAAUCCCUGCUGGAGGAAGAGUCCCAAGCGAUUUGCAGUGACUGUUCUUGAGAGUUGUGGAUGCUGUGAAAGUAGGCAUCAGAAUAGCAGCUUUCUGUGCUGCCUUAACUAGAGCAUGUGCAUAAAUGUGUUAUCUCAGCAGUCAUUUGAAAUCGGGGGCUCUGUGUGAAGCUGGAAAAAAGGUAGUGAAGUGGAUCAGGAGAAGCUGCAUUCUCUGCUGUUCCUGUGGCUAAUUGUAUCAGCAAAGCAGAGAUGUCCCUAGCCCUGGCAUCAGCCAGUCUGGUGAAUGCUUCCAGGGAUGUGUACGUUCAGCAACUGGGUGGUCUCUUCAGAAACUGCAGGACCACCUGGGUCCUCCAGUUGCUCUCAGACAUGUGGAUGUGUGAGGGUGGGAUCCAGCUGCUCUUAUGCUCCAGCUUCAAAUCAUCUUGUACAUACUGAAUGUUUUAAACAUGCUCCUCAAGAGCACAUCAGUGCAGAGCCAAAUUGAGUGAGCAUGUGGUAAGGGGGUCCUGCACUGUAGCUGUGUCUGCAGCUUCCUCACAGGUCUGCACAGAAAAGGAGUCGCAGAUUAAUGCUGUCAACUACUGAGACCCAAAAGCCUGAGGCUGCAGGGGGCAGAGGGCGGGGAGGGGAGGAAGAGAUUGCCUGGUAUGGAAGCAGGUGUGCAGCUUUUGUGCUGUAGUCAAGGGGCUCAGCAAGGUUUAACACAUCAUAUUUCCCUUGAAAAGCUUGACUGACCCAGCUGGAAAGCACGGCAUUUUCUGGCAGUGGGAACCUUGCUGUGAUUCAGCAGUGCCUUUGCUCCCACCCCUGCGGGGAAGUCACCUUGCAGAGGCUGAGGCCCUGAAUGCAGGGAUGCGAUUGCUACUACCAGUGUAGAACUUCUUAGUGAGCGACUGGGGUUCUUGCUUGGACGGAUCUCCAACCCGUGCACCCACAUCAGCCUUGCAGUCCAGAUCAUUGUGUUGAUUUUCCUUUUAUCCAGGAUUUUUCUGCUGCCCAGGAUUCCUUUUUGCCCCUUUAUUCUCACCUGUUUUAUUCCCCUGCCUCUUAACUCCACAUCCUCUUACAGUAGCUAUCCUUUGCAUACCCCGUGAACCCCAAGUGUGAGCUUCACUGCUGGCUCACUAGAGUGCUCUCUCCUCAGCAUGCUACCUGCCUUGCUGUGUUUCUGGGAGCAUGGGCUCUCUUCCGCUGUCAGCUAGGCCCCUCAGUGCCUGGGCUCCACGUAGUGCUGCUCAUUGAGCAUUCUGUUGACUCCUUUGCUUGGGGGACAGGGUGGGAUCAGGGACACGGUAGCAUGACUUAUGCACUUUCAGCCAACGCUCUGAACUUCUGCGUUUGUUCCUAUCACACAAGUGUUCUGUGGUUUCAUUUCCUAUGUGUAUUUUUUAAUGAAAAUAUAAAGAAUAAAGUAUUU